AUGGAUGCCAAAAGGUUCCUGCAGCUGGUUGAGGAGAAGAAAAGAAGGAUCCUUGAGAAGAAAGAAGCCCCACUAAAGUGGGAGCAGAAGCUAGAAGCAGCAGCUAAGGCCAAGGCUGAUGCAGAAGCAAAGGUGAAGAAGCUAAAAUCAAGAAAACACAGGAGGAGAAGAGAUUCUUCCUCAGACUCUGAUAGUGACUAUGACAGCGAUGUUGAUCGGAAACACAGGAAGAGGAAGGACCACAGAAGGAACAAUAAGCAUGAGCAUUCCGACUCUGAUGAUGCCAGGAGAUGCAAGCGUAGACCCAGAAGGAGCACUGACUCAAGUGAUGAGAACGACAGUGAAUAUGAGAGCAGGUCUGAAGAAGAACGUCCAAGGAAGAAGCGCUCGCACAAAAGAAGGCAUCACCGACACUCUUCAAGGUCAGACUCUGAAGACUACAGCAGCGACGAGGAAGGACAGAAAUCUGCCAAGGACCAUUCUCAGAGCCGCAGACGCCACCAUCGCUCAUCCGAUGAUGACUCGGACAAGGUCAAGUCGAGACAUGGGAAGCGUCUGAGAUCAAGUGACGAGGAUGCAAGGUCAGAUUCCAACAGCCAUAAGCAUCUCAGGAGCCAAUCCUUGGAGUCAUCAGAUGAUAGAGAUGUUAGUGAAUCAGAGAAGAUGAGAAAUGGCAGAAAGUCUCACAAGAAUGGCCACCGUCACCACCAUCACCGUCACCAUCGGCACCACCAUGGAAGACAUAGUAACUCUGCAGAACCUAAUGACAAGAGGCAAGUACUGAAAGAUGGCCAGAGGGCCCUUGGAAGUGACAGCGCAAACUGA